AUGAAUAUUUCAAUUCAGACAGCGGUAUCAGAAAGCUUCCACCCAGAGUCAGUGCUCAUCCCAGUGCUGUAUUCUCUAAUUUUCCUAGUUGGCACGGUGGGUAACAGCCUGGUGCUGGCUGUAUUACUAAGGAACGGCAAGAUGAACAAUACCACCAACCUCUUCAUUCUUAACCUGGGUGUAGCGGACCUGUGCUUCAUUAUCUUCUGUGUGCCCUUCCAGGCAACUAUAUACACCCUGGACAGCUGGGUCUUUGGUCCAUUCAUGUGCAAGGCUGUGCAUUUCUUCAUAUACCUUACCAUGUAUGCCUCCAGCUUCACUCUGACUACAGUGUCCCUAGACAGGUACCUGGCAAUACGAUAUCCACUGCGCUCCCGAGAGUUACGAACGCCGAAAAAUGCACUAAUGGCUAUCACCCUCAUCUGGAGCUUGUCCUUGGUGUUUUCUGGCCCAUAUCUUAGCUAUUACCAGGAGUUCCAGAUGGCAAACCUCACAGUGUGCCACCCAGCCUGGCAAAUCUCCUACCGUAAGACUAUGGAUCUCUGCACCUUCAUGUUCAGCUACAUCAUACCUGUACUCAUUCUUAGUCUCACUUAUGCCCGUACCAUUCGCUACCUCUGGACAUCUGUAGAUCCCAUUGAGGACAUGUCUGAGUCAAAGCGAGCCAAGAGGAGGGUAACCCGUAUGAUUAUUAUUGUGGCAGUCUUGUUCUGUCUUUGUUGGCUGCCUCAUCAUCUGGUAAUACUCUGCGUCUGGUUUGGAUAUUUUCCACUUAAUAAUUUUACCUACGCCCUCCGCAUACUUUCCCACCUUGUGUCUUAUGCCAACUCCUGUGUUAACCCAGUUGUUUAUGCUCUGGUCUCCAAACACUUUCGAAAAGGAUUCCGCAAAAUCUUCCGUUGCUUGCUGUUCCGUCAGAGGUCUGCUAAUAAAGUACAUGUGGUCCCUGCUGCUCACGCUGGAGUCAGCACACUGGAGGGACCAUGCACAGAGGUGACCCAGCUGAGUGAGAGUCAUGUCAAUUGCUCUGCUUGUUGUCAGGAUCCUGGGAGUCCUUGGAAAACCAAUAAGAGAGUGAAGGAAAAGAGAGCCCAGUCUUUUAUCACCUUCAAUGUCACUUAGAAGUGGAGGAUAGACUUCUUAAAAUCUGUAGUGUUUAUGGAUAUCAGCUUUAAAGUUUUAUAAUCCGUUAUAUACUGUGAAACAGAGCCUGGGCUAAUAUUAAAAUAGACACA